AUGUCCAGUGGUGUUAUUUUGGAAAUAAAAGAGUUCGGCGAGCUGCUGGAUGACGCCGGGCAAAAAGUAUCAGUGCAGCGGUUUACGUGGAAAACACAGGCCGGAUUGAAGCUGUCGGUGAUCAACCUCGAUGCAGCAAUAAUCGAACUCUGCAUCCCAGAUCGCACAUUGCAACUCGAUCGAUCGGAAAACAUUCUUCUUGGGGUGGACACCCUUGAAGAGUAUCUACAAUUGGAUCCGACGCUGAUGUGUGCGGCUCGAUUCGAGGGUUCGGUUCGCGAUCGUACAGCGCAGGAAAACCAGCCACUAAAGCCAGGUGUGGUUGACCGAACGCGUGUCUGGCAUCCGUUCGUUGAUGGCACACGUCUGCAUUUGAGCCUCGAGCAGAGCAUCAUUGCUACGGUGACGAUCACCGUCGAAGCGAUGAACGUGGUACGCAUCCAGUACCGUACCUCUUGUGCAACCGGUGGCCUCUGCCGCUUAGCACAUAGAUUUUUGAUAAACCUCGCCGGAAGGGAUGCAGGACCGGCGGGCACUUACGAGCAUGUAGUGCAACUGAACUCGGACCGGUACAUCGACAACAAACGCUUCCUCCGCCAUGUUUCGGAGAACCUUGCCGAUUUGCGGAUCGCCCAACACCUCGGUUUGAUCCUCUACAACGCACGGAAUGCAUCUCGAGGAAGCCAAAUGGAAACACUCUGCGGCAUCUACACCGUGAACAACGCAUCGCAGGAAGGUUUCGCUGCCCGGCUCAUUCACGCCGGCACCGGACGUGCCAUGGAGCUGUACUGCAACUUUCCUUGGCUGUGCUUUUCUACUAUGAGCCAGCUACCAGCCGGGCGCGACCAGCUCGUUCCGUUUUAUCCUCGCGAAGGGCUCCGCCGAGUUUCACUCGUAUUCGACAUCGAACGGUUCGUCAUGUCCAUUGUAGACGUUCUUGAGAAGGAAUCGUCGAAGGAAAAUGACCAGCGCGCUGUGUGCAUUGAAGAUCAAGACAAAGAGCAAGCUAAGGAUCAGGAUGCCGGGGGAAGAUUCUGCCGUGACGCUGGACUGCUUUUGUCUCCAAUCUCCUGCCCGUUUAAAAUUUCCCCAUUCCCCUUCCAACACCAAAUUCCGACGGAAGCUUCCAGUACACGACCAAACGGUGCUUCGCAGUCUCCAGUUACGUUCGUCGGCCACGUGACACUCAAGUUUGGGAUCUGCAAGGACCCAGUAAGAGUUAAGGCAAAAAAGAGUUAG